CACUAAGAUGGCGAAUAACACGAUCUUCAUGUCUCCUGAAGAGUCGGAGCGUAUCCAACGCACAAUCCAAGAAGUUGCGAGACUGCGUGAAGAACAGAAAGGCCAGUCAAGGGAACCUACAGAUCCCAAAUCCUUGAUCGAGCAGGCUAUCUCCACGUCUCUUAUGCAAGAGAUGUCUUCUGCAGCCUUUGGGCUUGGUACGCCCAGAAAGACUCGAGAGACUAUGGUAGCUUAUGGUAUAGGGAAGCAAUAUCCCCCCAGUACAUCUAAACUUGCAGAUCUACAACCAAUGGCCAUCAAGGACCUGAGAAUGGAAACGCACCAUCGGGGCUUCUUUCUUUCCUUGCGCCGUGUAUCGCCCGUAUCUAUACUUCAGGCAUCCUCCUGGACUGUCGUCAAAGGCCAGUCGUCUGACGAGGUGGAGCGGCUGGAGGUUUUUCUUCAUACAUCGCAGUACGGCGACAAUACCCUGGAGAUUUCCUCUGAUCUGGUGAUCAAAGAACCAUACUACACUCUCAAUGCCCAAGGAGAAUGCACAAUUCGGAUAGAUAAUCCAUCUGAUCUGAUCGUUAUCGCGAUCUCCGAGAACCCAGAGUCGUGGCGGCACAAGGAGCAUUACUCUGGAGGACCAGACCUUGUGUCUCCAGACGACUUCAAGAAGAAGGGCAACUCUGCACUUCUCAAGAAAAAGAACUAUGCCGAAGCUUAUUCCUGGUAUACAGAGGGCUUGAAGCUGGCAGAGAGUGACGAAAGAGACAAGACAUUACGCAAUGAUCUGCAACGAAACCGAGCUCAUGUCAACCUCCAACUUCAGAGAUUCGAUGAAGCAAUAUCGGAUGCCUUGGACUCUAUAACCAGUAACGAGACGAACGAGCUAAAAGGUCUUGAUGCCAAGGCAUAUAAUCGUGCAGGGCUUGCGGCAUAUUCUCAAGGCGAGUUCCUCAAGGCUCGGUGUUACUUCAAACAGCAAGAGAGACUCCAACCUGAUGACCAGCAACCCAAGCUACAUCUACGAAGAGUCAAUGCAAGGCUACAAGAGGAAGCUAACGGGACUUACAAUAUGAGCAAAAUCGUGAGCAAUCUGUCCAAGACAGGAGGCAGGCCCGAUGCAGCCUCGUACGGCGGUCCAACAGAGAUCAAAGACAGCCCAGGAUCUGGUCGCGGUCUUUUUGCAACACAAAACAUCGAACCAAACGAGAUAAUCCUGUGCGAAAAGGCGUUCUGUGCGGCCUGGAGUCACGAGGCUGACACGUUCACAGCGCUGGCGUGUGAUCUUCGAGAAGACGCUGCCAUCAAAGUCUUUCCCGCGGGUUUGCAUAAAGCCGUUGUGAGAAAACUUCUCAACAAUCCAUCGCAGGUCGAGAAGGUACUUCGUCUACAUGGAGACUACCAUGGACUUGGGGGGAAAUUGCAGGAAGUCGACGGUUCACCUGUAAUCGACACGUUUCAGGUACACGAUAUCAUCCAACGCAACGCCUUUGGCUUGGGUCAACAAACCGAGGAUGAAGAUGUCAGCAACGCUAGUACUGGUCUUUGGAUACGGGCAUCUUACAUCAACCACUCUUGUAUUCCCAAUGCAAAGAAGGAUUUCGUUGGUGAUCUCAUCAUCUUUCGCGCUACAAGAAGAAUUGUAACUGGUGAAGAGAUCACCCACAGCUAUGAUGAGUCGAGUGACUAUGAGGCAAGAAAGACAAACAUUCGGAGGACAUGGAACUUUGAAUGUCGCUGUCAGCUUUGUCUUGUUGAGGGAGCAGAGAGCGAAAAUAUCCGGAAAGGAAGGCGGCAGGCUGAAGAGAAGGCAAACUACUUUGCAAAAGCAAACAGCCCUUAUGAUGCGAGUAGGAUCAUGGUGAGAAGGUCGAAGAUGUUACGUCAGACACUCAACGAGACGUAUGAUGAGAAGAGCUAUAAGGGACUACCGCGUCGGGCACUUGCGGUGAUAGAUGAGUGGCUCCGGAUAGCCAGUACCAGGUAG